CGCCGCCACGCAGGUUUAGAAAAAAAACGCCUCCACGCCGACCCGUCUAAAAAGAAAAAAAAUCGGAGGCCCUCAAACCCUAAUCCCUUCGCUCCCCCAUGGCGGACCCCGAUGCCGCGCCGCUGACCCCGCCGCCAGAGUUAGUAGCCCCCGAGGAGCAUCAGGCGGCAGCCGACUCCGCCGCCGCCGCGGCGCAGGAUGAGGCCGCGGCGGGCGAAGUCGAUCACAAGAGGAAGCUUGAGGAGGUCGGCGCCGACGUGGAAGCGAACGGCGACGGAGAGGACGCCAAGCGACCCCGCGUGGACGGCGAGACCGACGCCUCCGCAGGGACUGAGCAGCAGAACGAUGGGUCCUCCGUGAAUGUCGAGGAGCCCGCAGCUGCGGAGGACGGCAACGUUGCCCCUACCGAGGGGGUGGCAGAUGGUGACAAUGGCACGGUCGCGGCUUCUGAGGUUCUGCCACUCGAGCCCACACCGGAAGCAGCAGCUGGAGCUCGACAGCAAGAAGGUGAUGCAGCAACUGCCUCGCAGGAGACAUCUCAUAAAAUUGAAGUGCCCAAUAGCAAGGUUGGUGUACUGAUUGGAGGCGCGCUACAUCGGCACCCGGGUGUAGUGAAAAAUGAGCAAGGGUCUUCGCAUCUAACUCGGUGUGUGCGAAGGGCAAGGAAGCUAGUCGAGCCAACUAGGAUUCGUAUAGGUAGUUGGAACGUAGGGUUGCUUACAGGUAGGUUAAUAGAGUUAGUUGAUACAGCGAUUAGGAGGCGUGUAAAUAUCUUAUGCGUUCAAGAGACUAAAUGGAAGGGUCAAAAGGCGAAGGAGGUGGACAAUACUGGCUUCAAGCUUUGGUACACAGGUACAACUGCAAAUAGGAAUGGAGUGGGAGUUUUGAUUGAUAAGAGCCUCAAGAAUGAUGUGGUGGAUGUCAGAAGGCGAGGAGAUAGGAUCAUCUUAGUCAAGCUCGUUGUUGGUGAUUUAGUCUUGAACGUUAUUACUGCAUGUGCCCCCCAAGUAGGCCACGAUGAGAGUGCUAAGAGGCAGUUCUGGGAAGACUUAGAUGACAUGGUUAGAGCUGUACCUAUUAGGGAGAAGCUUUUCAUAGGAGGAGAUCUCAAUGGUCAGGUAGGUACUGCAAAUAUAGGUUUCGAGGCGGUACAUGGGGGUUUUGGUUUUGGUAGUAGAAAUCAGGAGGGGGAGGAAGUCUUGAACUUUGCGUUAGCUUUUGACCUAUUGAUAGCCAACACUUUCUUUAGAAAGAGAGAGUCCCACUUAGUGACCUUUAAUAGUGGCCAACACACUAGCCAGAUCGACUUUAUCCUCACAAGAAGAAAGGAUAAACGAACGUGCCUGGACUGUAAGGUGUUACCCGGAGAGUGUGUAGUUUCCCAACAUAAGCUGGUGGUGGCCGAUUUCCGCUUUCAGGUGCAUGCCCGUAGGGAUAAACAAGCUAAGUUUGCAAGAACAAAGUGGUGGAAGCUAAAAGGGAAGAUGUCCGCUCUGACCCAGUCGGUUGAACUAGUUGGAACCCUUGCAAGUGUUGAUAAAGCCGAGCAGCUUAUUAAGAGUGUUAUAGCUGAGGCUGAGGCUGGCGGUUCCUCUGCUUUAAUAGCUAGAGGCUUUGGAAGUGGACAGUCAGGAUCCGGGCAGUUUGAGAUGACAGUUCCUGAUAACAAGGUUGGCCUGAUUAUCGGAAAAGGUGGUGAGACAAUUAAAGGCCUACAAACAAGAUCUGGUGCUCGUAUUCAGUUGAUACCCCAACAUCCUCCAGAGGGUGUUACAUUGACUGAACGAACUGUACGUGUAACUGGGAAUAAGAAACAGAUUGAAGUCGCAAAGGAUCUGAUCAAGCAAGCUAUGAAUCAGAAUUUCUCAAAGCAUGCGAACCAAUCUGGUGGAUAUGGUCCGCAAGGUUACCGCCCUCAGGGUCAUGGUGAGGCUUUGCAGUGGGGGCCACGUUCUCAAAGUCAGCCUGGCUAUGGGUAUCCACCAAGAGGUAUGCCUCCACCUCAGAACUACAACCCAGCCUACGGUGGUUACCCACAGCAGGGACCACCAAGAGGCGGCAUGGGCUGGGACCAAAGGCAGAGCCCUCCGCCCCAUCCUUCAUAUCAGGGUGGUGGUUCUGACUACUACAAGCAGGGAUCUCAACCAUAUGAUAGCCAGCCACCAAGCUACCCUCCUGGACCAGGGAACUACAACAGUUAUGGGCAAUCUCAAGCUCCUGGCUAUGGACAACCUCCAUAUCCGCAACAUGCGCCUCAACAGAACUAUGGCCAUGGGUAUGGUGAUCCUAGAUACAAUGCUCCGCCUCCAAACCAGUACUAUGGGCAGCCACCAAUGGGCCCCCAGCAAGGCUAUCCUCAACAGGCAGAUCCUUAUGCAAGGCCUUCAUACAGUGGACUGGGACAAUGGGCGCCCAGAGCUGCUCCGGCUGCAGAUGGCUCCUACCAGCCACCACCUGCAUCUGAUGGACCACCCUCCCAGCAACCUCCUGCUUAUGGCCAAACAUAUGGCGCGGCAACUGCACCUGAUGGGUAUGCUCAACAGGGCUACCCACAGCAGAGUGGGCAAGCACCAGCUCCAUAUAGCCAGAAUGCACCAGCAGCACCAGGCUAUCCUCAGCAAGGCACACAGCAAGGUGGCUAUGCACAGUACCCGCAAACCCAACCAGCAUAUGGUGAUCAAGCAGCUCAAGCCAAUGCGAACUAUGGCUACCAGGGAGCUCAAGCAGAUCCCAACUAUGGAAGUGCCUACCCACAAGCAGGAUAUGGACCUCCUGCUCCGGCAGCUGGUCCGGCUGGUUAUGCUUCUGCACCAGCAGUUGGUCAGGCUGGUUAUGCUUGUGCACCAGCAGCUGGCCAGCCUGCAGCAUAUGUCCAGGCAGGAUACACCUAACCACCUACAAACCCUCCCAAGUUAUGAUCAGUCUGCAGCAGCACCAGCUCAGAGCGGAUAUGCAGCACCUGCUGCAAAUCCACAACCUGCUCCAGCAAAGGGGGUGUCGCCUCAGCCUGCUUGCUGGAUAUGCCGGUGGGCAGUGCACAGCAUGAACCUCUCUCAAACUUCACUGACAGCAAGAUCUUGUUGGAUACCUAUUCCAAUGUUUGGAUCAUUUGGAUGUUUUUGGGGAUGCAAUGGGUAUGGGUAGCGGACUUUUGUUAUCUGAAUGAGAUCGUAACCCUCCAAGUUGUAAUACUUGCAUUGCUGUAGUACCUAGUAGUCCGGUUAAGGUGACAUUAAACAUCCUAUUCGGUUUUAAGAGAACCAUUGUUUUAUUAUUUCGUAGCUUUUUUUAUUAUUUUGUAGCUUGUCGAGCAAUUUCUUGAUCCUUCGUCUAUAAUGUUUUUGCUUGGUUUUGCACUGUCAUUCCUGGAAA